UAUAUGAUACAAUUUUAGUUUCACCUUAUCAAAACGUAAACCAAAUCAAAUAACUAAAAACACACCGUUCGACGCUUGUCGGAACCAAACACUUUGUCCUAGUUUUUCAAACGUGUUGAUCCGGUCUCCAUCAAAGUUCAAACGUGCCUGAAUUUGCUUUUCCCACGGAGGCACGGACCACCCCUUGUAAGGUGCGAGUCAUGUGAUUCCGACCUCAUGGGGAUGCACGAUGCCACCUCAGAUCUUCUUAACGAGGUGUAAAGCGAACAAAGCCCCAGGGCCCACAAUAACAACUGUCAUGGCUCAUACCCACAUAUAGGUUAAACUCACCGUCCCACCCCAAUACUACACACUUGGCACAAAGGAGAGGAGCGCCGCUGUCACCAAUGGCUUCCGCCGGAAACACUGACUUUCCCAAGCCCUCCUUCCUCCUCUCCUCCGUCAAACCGGCCACCAACCAAAUCCAACUCACCUUCCCUAAACCCUCCCAUCGCCGUCCCCUUGAAAUUACCAACAUACUUGCAGUUCCCAAACCAAAGCCCACCACCAUUUCCGCCGCUUCCGCCUCGGCCUCCGCCACUACCACUACCACUACCAUCACCAAAACCCCAUUUUCCUUCAUCUCGCGAUUCGCACCUGGUGAACCCCGUAAGGGUGCUGAUGUCCUUGUGGAAGCUCUCGAACGUGAAGGCGUUACCCACGUCUUUGCUUAUCCAGGUGGAGCUUCUAUGGAGAUUCAUCAAGCCCUGACACGCUCCUCCAGCAUCCGCAACAUCCUCCCUCGUCACGAACAAGGCGGGGUCUUCGCAGCGGAGGGUUAUGCCCGUGUCUCUGGCCAACCCGGCGUCUGCAUUGCCACCUCUGGCCCUGGUGCCACCAAACUUGUCAGCGGCCUCGCAGAUGCGAUGCUCGAUAGUAUUCCUCUUGUCGCCAUUACGGGACAGGUCCCUCGGCGAAUGAUCGGCACUGACGCGUUUCAAGAAACUCCAAUUGUUGAGGUUACCCGAUCGAUUACCAAGCAUAAUUACCUUGUUCUUGAUGUUGAAGACAUUCCGAGAAUCGUCCAUGAAGCGUUCUUCCUUGCUUCAUCAGGUCGUCCUGGUCCGGUUCUGAUUGAUAUCCCCAAAGAUAUACAGCAGCAGCUUGUAGUGCCCAUUUGGGAUAAGCCCAUAAAAUUGUCUGGUUAUUUCGCUAGGCUGCCAAAAUUGCCGGACGAGAAGCAUUUGGAGCAGAUAAUUCGAUUAGUUUCUGAAUCAAAGAAGCCGGUUUUGUAUGUUGGUGGUGGCUGUUUGAAUUCGAGCGAGGAGCUCAGGAGGUUUGUGGAGCUUACCGGUAUACCUGUGGCAAGUACUCUUAUGGGACUUGGUGCUUAUCCCACUAGGGACGAGCUUUCGCUUCAAAUGCUUGGUAUGCAUGGUACUGUUUAUGCGAAUUAUGCUGUGGAAAAAUCAGAUUUAUUGCUUGCAUUUGGAGUUAGAUUUGAUGACAGGGUUACUGGGAAAUUAGAAGCUUUUGCUAGCCGCGCUAAGAUAGUUCACAUUGAUAUUGAUCCAGCUGAGAUUGGGAAAAACAAGCAACCCCAUAUCUCUAUCUGUGCUGAUGUUAAACAAGCAUUGAGAGGAAUGAACAAUUUGUUGGAGGAGAGGCAGUUGAACCAUAAGUUUGAUUUCUCUGCUUGGACAAAGGACCUUAAAGAGCAGAAAAUGAAGUACCCUUUAAAUUUCAAGACUUUUGGAGAGGCUAUUCCCCCUCAGUAUGCGAUUCAAGUUUUGGAUGAAUUGACAAAUGGGGAUGCAAUUAUAAGUACUGGGGUUGGGCAACAUCAGAUGUGGGCUGCUCAAUGGUACAAGUAUAAGAUGCCACGCCAGUGGCUAACAUCCGGAGGAUUAGGUGCAAUGGGUUUUGGGUUACCUGCCGCCAUUGGCGCUGCUGUUGCCAACCCUAGUAAGAUUGUUGUUGAUAUUGAUGGUGAUGGAAGCUUCAUCAUGAAUGUCCAGGAGGUGGCUACGAUUCGUGUAGAAAACCUACCAGUCAAGAUCAUGCUGUUGAAUAACCAACAUUUGGGAAUGGUUGUUCAAUGGGAGGAUCGAUUUUACAAGGCAAACCGAGCCCAUACAUAUCUUGGGAAUCCAUCAAAUGAGUCUGAGAUAUUCCCAAACAUGUUAAAGUUUGCAGAAGCUUGUGGUAUACCUGCUGCCCGUGUGUCAAACAAGAGCGACCUUAAGGAAGCAGUUAGGAAGAUGUUGGAGACCCCUGGACCAUACUUGCUGGAUGUUAUUGUACCCCAUCAGGAGCAUGUGUUACCUAUGAUUCCAAGUGGAGGGGCCUUCAAAGAUGUGAUCACUGAGGGAGAUGGCAGAUCAACAUAUUGAGGUUCUCAAGACAGCAGAGUAUCUUGCUAGUAGAACCGACACUUGGUAAUAUUUGUGCUAAAAUUCUAUAAGCCCCAAAGGAACAUCUAAGGGCUGCGAAAAGUUCUUUACAAUUGCGAGGCACAAUCAUUCAUGGACUGUGGUAUCCCAAUGGUAUACAUUGACUUAGUUGGGUGCUAGAAGGUUGAUUUUGCUGGAUGGAGAACUAAAAAUGGAAGUAGUAUUGAGACUUGUCAUUGCCCAGUCUCAUGGUUUAUCAAAAAGCAAAUUCAGAAGCCUCAUCUACUGCUGAGGCUGAGUACAUUGCAAUUAAAAUCUGUUGUGGCCUAUGGAUGGAAUAGACUUAGAAAAUUUUGGUCAGAGUUUAUGAAAACUCAACAACUUCUGAUGCAGACUUCAAUGGUUACUUUGUUGUUUGGAUUUUUCUGGUGUUCACUCCCUCCUGUUAAUGUUGUGAUUGUCCUUGAGUCCUUAAGUUAGUCCUUUGUAUUUAGGCUUUUCCUGUAUUUUGCUUUUGAGUUUUUUAUGUACCUCAAGCAAUUUGGACAAUGGAAUGUAAUUUUCUCAUGGAAUGACUUCAAUCAAUUAGCAAUGGAAUCAUUGUGCUAUCUA